AUGCCGAGCACCGUCUCUUUACCCAAGAGGGUCCCAAUGACAUCACAUCCUCCCCAAAGAGCGACACAGCCUUCCAGAUCAAGAGAGAAACAUCGUCUCAGCUGCGCUGCACCUUCUCCAAGGAGACACCUCCAGCAGAAGAUGGACGGGUCUCCUGCCCUGCUCCUCCUGCUCGCUCUGGGACUCUGCUGCCCUGGGAUCCGUGGCCAGAUGUAUGAGAUGAAGGUCAGGUUUCGUGACAGCAUCACCCAACUCCGGGUGGGACAGCGGCUGGAACUGGAGUGUCAGACGGACAGGGAUAGUGGAGCAUUCUGGAUCCGCCAGGACAGGAGUGGGACCCUUCACUUCAUUGUCUUCAUCUCUUCCCUGUCCCGAGUCACCUUUGAGGGGAAUCAGAGAACAUCCACACGCUUCGAGGCCGGCAGACACAACAGGUUCUAUUGGUUGGUAGUGAAGUCUUUCACACAGCAGGACGAGGGGAUUUAUUUCUGCCUCAUGAACAUCAACCAAAUGCUGUACUUCAGCAAUGGCCAGCCUGCCUUCUUCCCAGUCCCCACCACAGUGGCACCCACCACUACAAGACCCACCACCCGGCAUGACAUCACCAAAAAGGAGCCCUUCCUGGAGACACCAGACCCAGAGACCAGCAGGAACAAGCUGAAUUUCUUCUGUGAUAUUGUCAUCUGGGUUCCCUUGGCAGGCACCUGCCUCCUGCUCCUCAUUGCCCUGGCCAUCACCGUCGUGCUCUGUCAACGAACCAGAAGACGAAGAUGCAGAUGUAAAAGGCCUGUGCAGGGGAAGCCCCACACCAAACCCGGCACAACAAACUGACACGUUGCAGCAUCCACACCUUUGGGCUUCUGGAUCAUCUCCCGGGAGCUGUCAGCAC